UGCCCCUUACCAACCUCAACUUCGUAUACCCAAUUACCCAUCCAAACAAACUUAAAUUCUAGCUCAAGGUACAAUCACUCAUAGCACAGCCUAUGAACUUUUCUGCCAUUGACUAAAUUUUCAGAGAGUUUUUGGGAAUUUACUUAUCCUCUGCAAGCAGCCUAACGCUUUAUUGAGUUGGUGAAACCUGCCACCGAGUGAAUAUAACAACCAGAAACGACACCAGCCACUACACCAAUUAAGAAAACGACUUCAUUGCAUUGUUUCUUCUGUCAACACAAACCCAUUUCAGGAAGGAGAGACUGACGAGGAGACAUGGCGCAAGUUAGCAAAAUUUGUAACGGUGCCAUCGUUUCCCCAGGCCUUUCAAAAUCCCACCAGCCCAAGUCAGUUUUCUCUGUUUCGUUUAGACCACAGAGCAAAGGCUGUUCCAGUUCUUGGGGAUUGAAACACAAUGUUAAAUUGGGUAAUCAUGCAGUUCGUACAGUUAAGGCUUUGGCUUCCGUUGGCGCUGCUGAGAAGCCAUCAAGUGUAUCUGAGAUUGUGUUGCAGCCGAUCAAAGAGAUAUCGGGUACAAUCAAAUUGCCGGGUUCCAAGUCGCUCUCCAAUCGGAUUCUCCUCCUCGCCGCCCUCUCUGAGGGAACAACUGUGGUAGACAAUUUGUUGGAAAGUGAUGACAUUUUCCACAUGCUUGUUGCCUUGAAAAAACUUGGAUUGAAUGUAGAAGAGGACAAGGCAAAUAGACGAGCAAUUGUGGAAGGUUGUGGUGGUCUGUUUCCGGUCACUAAAGAAUCGAAGGGUGAAGUUGAGCUAUUCCUUGGAAAUGCAGGGACAGCAAUGCGUCCAUUGACUGCUGCAGUAACUGCCGCUGGUGGCAAUCUGAGCUACAUUCUUGAUGGAGUACCUCGAAUGAGAGAGAGACCAAUUGGGGACUUGGUAGAUGCUCUUAAGCAGCUUGGUGCUGAUGCUGAUUGUUUUCAUGGAACAAAUUGCCCCCCUGUUCGAAUCAAUGGAAAGGGAGGCCUCCCAGGAGGAAAGGUGAAGCUUUCUGGAAAAAUUAGUAGCCAAUAUUUGACUGCUUUGCUCAUGGCAGCACCUUUGGCUCUCGGAGAUGUGGAAGUUGAGAUAAUUGAUCAGCUUAUUUCCAUUCCUUAUGUUGAGAUGACUUUGAAAUUGAUGGAACGUUUUGGGGUCACUGUAGAGCACAGUGAUAGUUGGGAUAGGUUCUUCAUUCGGGGAGGUCAAAAAUACAAGUCUCCUGGAAAUGCUUUUGUGGAAGGUGAUGCUUCAAGUGCAAGUUACUUCCUAGCUGGUGCUGCAGUCACUGGUGGGACCAUCACAGUUGAAGGUUGUGGAACAACUAGUUUACAGGGAGAUGUGAAAUUUGCUGAGGUUCUUGGGCAAAUGGGUGCUAAAGUUUCGUGGAAGGAGAACUCUGUCACUGUCACAGGACCUCCUCGGACUCCUUAUGGAAGGAAACACUUGCAAGCUAUUGAUGUCAACAUGAACAAGAUGCCAGAUGUUGCCAUGACUCUUGCUGUAGUUGCACUGUUUGCUGAUGGUCCUACUGCCAUUAGAGAUGUGGCAAGUUGGAGAGUGAAAGAGACUGAGCGAAUGAUUGCUAUUUGCACAGAACUCAGGAAGCUGGGAGCUACAGUUGAAGAAGGACCAGACUAUUGUGUGAUCACUCCACCAGAGAAACUAAAUGUGACCGCAAUUGACACUUACGACGAUCACCGCAUGGCCAUGGCAUUCUCUCUUGCUGCCUGUGCAGAAGUUCCAGUCACCAUCAAGGAUCCUAGUUGCACUCGGAAAACUUUCCCGGACUACUUCGAUGUCCUCCAAAGGGUUACAAAGUAUUAAAUGGAUCUACAAUUUUCACAAGAGAAUCUUUGCGCCACGUGAACCGUAGCAUUUUGAAAACAAUCCUCACUUAGAUUUUGCAAAGUUCUGUAAUUUUUAGUGAUAUACUGAUAUGUCUGUGCAAGUUGAAUCUGUUUUUUUUUUUUUUUUUAAUCCCAAGACUAAAUUAUUUUUUUACCUAUACUUGCUUGUUUGAUCUUUAUCUUGAAAGGUUCAAUCUAAAACCAAUAUGACUCAAGUGGGUUCAACCCUUUGUACUUUUUAGUCUAUAAAUACAAAUGGUUUUGUUGGUUUC